AUGACAAGUGUAUCUACAACAUUUUUACUUGUAACUGCUUUCGCCCAGCGAGCCGAAUGUCGCAAGCGCAUUGUUGUGUUGUCAGCUGCCUUGGCGCUUGUCGCUGCUCUUCCACAGAGAAGAGUUUCAUUAAAGCCCGAAGGAUCGAACGACCAACAGGCUGCUGAACAAAACUAUAACAACUACCAACAACAACAAGACUACAGACAACAACAACCCAUAGAGGACUUCAGACCCAAGGUUGUACUUGAGACUAGUACUUACGUUCCCAUCAUCCGUUUUGAUAAAGAACAAGGCACCGAUGGCAGUUACAGAACAGCAUAUGAAACCGGUAAUGACAUCCAAGCUGAAGAGCAAGGUUUCUUGAGGAACGUCGGUGAAAAUAAUGACAUACCGGCCUUAGUCCAACAAGGUUCAUACUCGUACGUUGCCCCUAACGGUGAAAAAAUCAAUGUCGAAUAUACUGCUGACGAGUUCGGCUUCAGAGUCAAGGGCGAUCAUAUCCCAACUCCACCUCCAGUCUCUCCUGAAAUCCAAAAGGGACUUGACCUGAUCUACGCUGGUAUUAAAGCCAAUCAGGAGCGCGUCGCAUUGGAAGCUAAGAACAACCCUGAAGCAGCCAAGGCUAACGAAGAGAGAGCUAUUCUUGACUACAAAGGUCUUUACUACGGAAACUAA